UUGUAUUUCAGAGAAGUAGAUGAGGUGUUUGAAGAAGAAUUAGCAAAUACACUCGAAGACUAUCAGGACGAGGAGAAACACUUCGUGGAAAAAUUCGAGAACAUUUUGAAAGCCAUGGCUCUUCCUUACAACGGUUCGAGUUUGCUGGACUGCGACAGACGUUGCCAGGAACGUUUGCAAAGGUUACCAGAUUCCGGUGAACAAAGUUUCGAAUUUUUCUUAGCUGCAAAUUUGAUUGCAGAAUGCUUGGCAGAUUUUGCUGCACAGAGCGUGCAGUCGAUCCAUAAACUGGGCCAACUUUUGCUCAUCACAGAGACAGCUGUUCGCCAGAAGACUUUCUCCGAUUUCCAUGAUUUAAUCGGUCGGCGCAUAUCGUUUUACAGCGAUCAAUUUGCUCAGCAUAUCAGUUCGGUUGGAGUUCCCGGUGAAGAGACAGAUGAGCUCGUUACGACCGUGUUCUUAGCAGCAGGCGAUGCCUUCUCCUACGUGCAACAGUCAUUCCGCCUUCUACGGCCUCUGCUGAUUCUGUGA